AUGGCCGAGCUCGUCGGCAAGAAUGUGGUCCUCUUCGGCCUGCGGCGCGAGGAAUUGAACGGUGAGGUCGGUCGCGUGCUUCGCUACGACAGGAACGAGGAGCGGUGCGCUGUCAAGCUCGAGUCGAGUGGCAAGACGUUCAAGGUGCACCCGGCCAACCUCGAGGAGGACUGCUCCGACGACGACGAGUCCGGGACGGAGUUUGGUAACUCGGAUGAGAGUGGCAACGACUCGGAUGACGGCAGCGCGUCGCAGUCGCGCAAGCCAUCGACCGGGGAACCGGCGCAAGCCAGCGCACCGGACGCAGCACCGUCGUGGCGUGGACUGCCCGGGGAGAAGAGGUUUGACGUGGAUGACGAGCCGUACUCUCUGGACGAGUUCCUCUCCUACUAUGGCGAGGAGUAUGGGCGGGAGGUUUGGACGAGCGCACGCCGUGUCGAGCCGGAGGUGGAGGGGAAACCCCCCAAAUCGCCCGCACCACCUCCCAAGGCCCAAAAGGAGCAGCAACUGCAGGCCACCACAGGCACGGACAUGACAAUGGGCAAGACAAAGACCGAGUCGCCGCCGUCAACGUCAGAGUCACCACCGCCGCCACCAGCAAAGCCGCAGCCGAAACGACCGGCACGGGAGAAGAGGCAGGCGAGCGAGUCCAGCAGUACCGUUGCACGCGGCCCCGUGGCUGGUGGUCCUGUCAAGAAGCAGCAGGACGCAACGCAGCCGGGCACGGACACAUGCAGGGGCGGGGUCAGCAGCCGGGUCAGCGCAGCCUUCGAGAGGUUCGACAAGGGCGAGCAGGGUGAGAUGCCCGUGCGUGAUCUCCAGCCCGCACUGAGGGCCUUGGGCGUGUGGGAUGACGCAUGCGGGCAGACUUCCGAGCUGCUUGGGAGGUUCGACAAAGCCGGAAAGCUCGGCCUCGUUGAGUUUGCGCGCCUUGUCGACGAGCUCAAGGAGGCGGCAGUAGAGAGGAGUAGGAAGCUGGACGACAGCGCCGUGGAGGCCGCCUUCACCAGCUUUGACAGAGACGGGUCGGGCGGCAUCGCAGCGCGUGAGCUCCGCGCAGCACUGGCCGCACUAGGCGUGGACGCCGACGGGGAGGGUGUCAAGGCGAUGCUGAAAAAGUUUGACGCCGACGGAAACGGCAGCCUUGACCUCUGGGAGUUCAGCCAGCUCGUCCAUGCGCUUCGCGCAGCGGCACGAACAGAGAAGCGGCGCCACGGCCGUCUGGAGAUCGGCCCACAGGCCGCGCUCGACAGGGCGAUCGCCGAGGCUUCCAGCAGAGCGUUGGCGCAACCCCCAUCGCCCAUCUCUGGGAAGGAGGCUGCCCAGCUCGCCGCCGCUCACGCCAGAGCAGCAGCGGGUGCCGCUGCGAGAGCGGGCAGUGAGCCGCCUGCCUCUCCCGCUAGCCGCUCAGUUGUCUACUCGUGGCGGAGCGUCCACCAGGAGGCGGUGCGCGCCGCCGCACGCCUGCAGCAGCGCAAUGAGGCCAUGUGGUGGCGGACGGCGCAGCGCGGCCGCCGCACCGGACGACUGCUGCCCAAGCACUCGAUGCACUCAUGGACCAGAGAGAGCGAGUCCUGA